GUUGCUGAGGUCACCACAUGAAUCAGCAGAACAGGUAACACAGCCAAUGGACACUGAUGAAAUCCAAACCACUGACCAUUGCUACAACUGUGAUAGUCAGAAAGAACAGACAGGCAUGCUGCUGGAAGACCCACUGAUUGAAAAUGAGGAAGUCAUCGUAGUGAACAUCAGUUAACAGGCUGCUGUAUUUUCGGAAGAGGUAGUAAUCUCCAGCAUGGAGUAUGCCGAUGGAGAGGCAGGAAGAGAUAAUGCAGCACAACAUGACUACACACUUGGAAUGAAUGGAUUAUUUCCCGCUGAUAAUAUAAAUGGGAAAAACAAUGUUACAAAAAUUACAGAAAUUAAAGCAUCUCACAGCACAGUAUCAAAUAUACGAAAGAGAAGGCCACAGGAGAUCACGGAGCACGGGUAGUCAAACUAAGGUGUCACAUACUAAGUGUAGCAACACAGACUGCAACUAUAAAACCUUCUGUACAUGAUGCUGAAUGUAUGGCCUCAACAUGGAUGGAUGCUAGCACACAGUUUCCAGAAAUGGGUGUAUCACCGGCACAACUUCUUAAGGAUCACACUUAUGUAAAGUGGGGUAAGCCACACGUUGAAACGAGCAGUAGUACUGACAUCUAUGCGAUGGAACAAGGAGUCCAGGUGGAUAUGUUAAAUGAUGAUGAACAAACGACAGAUAUGGACCUAUUGAAUGAUGAUUGUUUGGAAUUAGAGAUGCCUUCUGCCAUGGUGUGUUGUAGUACCCCAGUGAGAAGUAAAGAAACCAUCAACUGCAGUCUGACAAGUGAUGCCCAGACAAUGUAUGAAGACAUAAAUGACUGCCAUGAAGAAGACCCUGACUGGUGUGAGCCAUCGGCCACCAUGUCCGUAUCUGAAAAUGAUGAGACUCUGGAGUAUGAAAAUGUGGAGCAGCAGAUGGGGUUGCAACGGAAAUUUAUUGUAUUUGAAGACUGCUUGGAUGAACUGCUGAGAAGAAUGAUAUGUCCUGACUGUAAAGCACCAGCAUGUGAUGACUAUGAGAAAAGAGUUGUUGCAUCCAUGUUUGCCACCAAAGUAAUGUGUCUGAAUGGACAUGAAAUUGUAAGUUGGCAAAGCCAACCAGUGUUGGGUAGAAUGCCUGUGGGAAAUCUUUUGAAUGCAGCUGCUGUACUAUUUAGUGGAAGUACAUAUGCACAUAUAGCAAGGUUUUGUGCAUAUGUGGGUCUGGAAUUCAUUAGCCAGACAACAUUUUAUGACCUACAGCGUGAGUAUUUAUUUCCAGUAGUUCAAAAACAGUGGAGUACGCAUCAGUAAGAUCUGCUACAAGACAUUCAAGGUAAAAGAGUGAGAUUAUCAGGUGAUGGCCGAUGUGACAGUCCGGGCUAUUCAGCAAAGUACUGCUGUUACAGUUUGAUGGAUAUGGACUCUGGAUAUCUCCUAGAUUUUUCCAUAGAGCAACUUGGUGACGGAACGUCUUCAGUAGCUUUGGAAAAAAAGGCAUUCCUAAAAUGUAUGCAGAAGUUGCGUAGACUCAAUGUGAACAUAAGUGUAGUAGCAACAGACAGACAUCGAGGGAUUGGAAGUGCAAUGAGGACAGAGUUUCCGGAAAUUGACCAUCAAUUUGACCUGUGGCAUGUGUCAAAAAGUAUUACCAGAAAGAUUGUAUCAGUUGCCAAAAAAAAGGAAAUGGAGCAGUUAAUGCCGUGGUGCCAAAGUAUUUCAAACCAUUUGUGGUGGUGUUCUGAAACAUGUGAUGGAGAUGCACCACUACUGCUUGAAAAGUGGAAGUCUCUCAUCCAUCACAUAACAGACAGCACACCUGGGAUUGGGGAGAGAAAUUCUGUGCCUGUGAGCAUGAGAUUCCAUUGCCAGACCAGGAAACAGUGGUUGGAAGUCCACUACUGCUUGAAAAGUGGAAGUCUCUCAUCCAUCACAUAACAGACAGCACACCUGGGAUUGGGGAGAGAAAUUCUGUGCCUGUGAGCAUGAGAUUCCAUUGCCAGACCAGGAAACAAAACAGUGGUUGGAAGUAGGUGAUGCUCCGCACACUGCACUAGUGAAGAUUAUGAGCAACACAACACUGGUGAACGAUCUGAAACACUUAACACAGUUCUGCCACACAGGCAGUUUGGAAGUGUUUCAUGCUCUGCUGUGCAAGUAUUGCCCCAAAUUUGAGCAUUUUUCAAACAGUGGAAUGAAAGUACGGACAGUGCUCGCCAUUUUUUAUCAUAACGCCAAUGUGAAUCGUCAGCAAGCAGUUGUGCAUUACCCAAAGAUUAACUGCACAAAAAAGGGAGAUCUACGUUACCGCAUCGUGUAUCCUAAGGCAAAACAGCAAUGGGUUGCAAAGCCAAUUUUUGAAGAGAGAAAAUAUGACUAUAUCUUUGAUAUGAUUGUGGAUGUCCUGUUGAUGAAGAACGGAAAAAUUUCUGUGCCGAGCUUUCAGGUAACACCUGUAGCCAAAAAUAUAGCCAAGUGUGAGAGACCAGAUAAAGCCGAAGUAAUUGCCAGACAUAUAACACGAUUUGGUAAGUCACAGAAUCUUUGAUUACUGUUGCAUGUAGUCAGCAUACUAGAAGUGUGAUUGAGAGUAAUGCCGCACCAGGCCUACAUGUUUGAUCUGCAGUGAUGUGUCAUGGUGUUCGAGCCAGUGACCAUUGCAAACAACAAAAAUUGCUCUUUCCUACAAUCAAAUGAAGAAUUUUUACAAGUACAUUUGUAGAUGACAACUCUGAAGACUACAAAGCUAAAUUUGGACAUACAGCCGGAUUUGUUAAUGUCUACUCCAAGCCAGAAGGAUGACAUCACAGAAAAAUAACAAAUGUGAGUUGCUAGUGCAUGUUAGCAUUGCUUACAAAUGACGAUAGGAAUUGUGAGCAGUCUGAAAAUUAUGAUGUGUGCAUAAGACUAGAGUUGACAGUGGAAUUUACAGUUACGGUGUAGGUGAUGAAGACAGUAAUGAUCUGCUAGAUAGUUUUGCCAAUAAAGAGGUUGUUGACAUUGA